AUGGUAUCCCAGGCUCAAAUCGUCGAUCGCAUCGCACCAAACCAGAGUGCCCCGUCCGUGGUGUCGCGUCACUCGCACUCGACCCGCCGUCAUAGAUCGGGUCGUUCCCACCACGGCGGCUCCGGAUCGACCUCGUCCAACGAUUUCCCAAUCUUCACCUAUACGGGCGACACCGAGAUCGCGAUCCGUGCUGGGUCGCAAGAGAAACGAUACCUUCUUCAUCGGUUGAUUCUGGCGCAAUGCUCGGGCUUUUUCGAGGCAAGCACGAGGGAGGAAUGGUCGGGGCAGAGUACACCGGGUCCCUCGAAGCCCGAUGGGACAUUGUCUCGGGUGAGCGAGGACGACUCGCUUUCCAACGGUUCUACGCUCGCGCAGUCUGAUAAUGGGGUGUCAUCGAUGCGUCCAGGAGAGAAGCGACGAUGGAGGUAUGAGUUGGACUGGGAAAAUAGGGGAGAGGAUGAGGAGCCUAUACUUGUUCAGAAGCAACCUACCUACGCUCCCAUGUUUACCAGCGGCGAUCACACCGGACUCCCCCCAACGAUGACCAAACCGUCCAAUGCACAGGCAGGUUAUUUCCGGUCUAUGGCAAACCUGGCUGGAAUGCAGUCAGUGGUGCACCUCCCACGAACCGAAGGGGGAGACCGCAAUACUGCCGAUCCAUUGAUUCGCGACUACGAGAACCUCUUCCGCAUGUUCUACAAUCAUCCACCAGUAUUAAACAGCGUGAAUAUCGCCACGGCCUACACAGAGUGCAAGUCUCUCCUGGCCCUGGCAGAUAUGUACGAUGCGCUACCAGUCACUGGUCCCCGAGUGGACCACCACCUCCUAGGAUUCGGCUCGCGGCUCUUCAAACAGAUAGCCAAGUACCCCCCUAGCUACCUCAAGCUGGGAUACCUAGCCCGCAGCCGAGUGAUCUUCUCCGAAGCCCUCAUCCAUGUCGUUGGCCAAUGGCCAGCGGCCUUACCAAACCUGCGUAACGGCUCAUACGCACCUCUCCCAAACGCCGUCCUCGAUCUAAUCGAGGAUAAAUACGAAGAUUUGGAAGACCUCAAAGCUCGCGUCGAUUCUAAACUCUUCCGUCUGUCUUUGACGACCUCCCGCGGCGAACGGGUCGGUCCUAACAACGCAUAUCUCGACUGGUUGGCUGUCUCUUUAUUCCGCCAGUGGCUCAUUGAGAGUACCACUCCUCCCCCAGCUCCUAUCCUCAAGAACUCCGCUACAAAUCCUCCCCAAACCCCUGCACCAGGCUCACAAGCAGGAUCAUCGAGACCGGUUACGCCGCCUGAUCCAUCCGCUCGUAUAUAUCGCUUGAUUGGCUCUUCUUCGUCACAGGCAUACUUGCCCCACGACGAACUGAAACGUUUCUUGAAGAUCCACCCGACCCAAUCAGCGGAUUCCCUCUACACCCGCGAAACCCUUAAACGUUUCGAGCGCAAGAUGGACGAGAUUAAACGGCUGGCACGUGAAAUCGUUAAACCGCUCAUGCGUAACUUCCUUGAGCUGGAGCUGAAAAGUGGUGCGGAACAAAGUAGCGCAAGUUCUGCGGCUAUUGAAAAUCCUCCCGAUGUAGGGCUGCCGUAUUUGACCUGCACGCGGGUCGAAGAGGCUGAUCUGCCUUGGGCCUAA